AUGUUGUUCGGUGCCGUUAUCGCUCCCGGGAGCAGUGUCACUCCCAAGAAUGACUUGGCCAACAUCGUCCACUUGUCCCAAGUGUGCCUGAACGACCCCAAGAGCAACGAGAAGACCUACGUGCAGUUGGUCGAUGGCAACAAGACCUUCAACAUCUGCGCUUUGCAGAAGGACGUCCGCGAGCACGCCACCGUCGACGUCUUCUUCUCCACUGUUGGUGGCAUCAAGUUGACCACCAAGGGCGGCAAGAACGAGGUGCACGUUGUUGGCUACUUCGAGCCUGAGGAGGAGAGCUACGUGUCCGACAGCGACGACGAGGACAUGGACGACGAAGAGGGUGGUGACGACGAGGAAGGCUCUGAGGAUGAGGAACCCGCUGGGAAGAGGAAGAACACCGGGAAGGGUAACAAGAAGUGA